AAAUUCGUCAAUACAAUGCAUCGUUAUAUAGAUGAAUGCUUUCAACGGAACAACUGGUUGUUUCUGGGGAAACAGGAGUACAACACAGACAGAGUAAGGAUGAAGAUGCCCAGGUUCUCGAUUGCGAUAUUGAUUUUGCUAUAUUUGGUGGCGCAAGGCACCGCAAUCGAGAAACCCCAAUACGAAAUUGUACACACUGAAUCAGAUUUCGAGGUCAGAUUAUACACUCAAUCCACAUGGAUGGCUGCCCCAGUCACUGAAAUCUCUUUCCAAAAGGCAACCUUGGAUGGUUAUCACAGGUUGUUCCAGUACACUCAAGGUGCCAAUCUCAAUUGGACUAGGAUUCCAAUGACAGUUCCUGUUGUAACUAGCAUAGUUCCAGGAGCUGGGCCGUUUCAGUCAUCAGCCUACUCUGUUCUAUUUUACUUGCCUGUUGAAUUCCAAGAUGACCCACCAGUCCCUAUUCCUGAACUGCACCUGACACCUUAUGGUUGGAGCAGUCAUUGUGUUGCUGUGAGGGAAUUCUCGGGGUAUGCAAAUGAUGAUAACAUUGUCUCAGAAGCUGAAGCACUUGCUGUCAGCUUGAGUAGGUCUACAUGGACCAACACAACUGCUGCAGAAAGUAAAUUUUCAUACUCCAUUGCUCAGUAUGAUUCUCCAUUCCAUUUCAUAGGGCGUGUCAAUGAAGUAUGGGCAGAUGUGAAUGCAACUGGGGGUUGCGAAUACAGUAACAUAGCAACUUACUGAAGCCAUUGUUAAAUCCCUGGGUAUGCCAGUUUGACUGAUGUAUUUGUGUGCUUGACGAAGCCAGUUAAAGAUCUAUAUUUGCAGUUAAUUAAGUUCCCUGUCUGUAUGUAUAUAUUGAAGUCUACUUCUAUGUAAGACCUGAAACAUAUUGUCCCAUGUAUUUCAGUUCAGCUUGUGUAUCUAUAAUGGACUUUAGCCUUGGAGUUGGAA